AUGGUGAUGGAGACUCGGCGCGUGUUGGUGCCCGUGACGCGCACAUACAACGUGGUGGCCACGGCGCUGUCCUCCGUGCUGGCCCUGCAGACCGCCACGCCGCCCCCUCUGCAGGUGACGCAGACACAGACCGACCUGUCCACCGUGACGGAGGUCGUCACGGACGUCAUCACCGAGGCCACCACGGUGCUGGUGACGGACUUCACCACUGCCGUGAGCACCGUGACGCCGCCCGCCGUCAGGUUGGCCGUCACUAGCACCACCGUGGUGGUGGAAACUUCCUCAGUGGUGCAGGCCGACAUGACCGAGCUGGUGACCACUGCAGCGGUGGUGACCAGCGAGGUGGUGAGUGUGGUGACGCCCGCCCCCGAGGUGGUGACACAGGUGGAGACCAGCAUCGAAGUGGUGACUAGCACCAGCCUAGUGGCGGAGGAGACCUACGUCACUAUCACCAGCACGGAGGUGGCCGAGGUCACGUCCACGGACACCGAGGCCGUCACCACCACGCUGGUGUCCACGGUGGUGUCCGCCAGCGUCACCACCGCACUCACCACGCAGGUGGUGGACGUGCCGGUGCUUUCCACGCUGGUGGUGACGGACACUUCCACCGAGAUAGUGGAGGCCACAGCGCCACCGCUGCCUGCCGUCACCUCCACUGCCGUGGGCCUCGUGACGGAGGUGGUGACGGAGACGGGCGCGGCGCAGGUCAAGACGCAGACCGUGAUGGAGGCCAUGGAGGUGGUGGAGGUGGUGACACAGGUGGUGCCCGUGGAGAUGCUGGUGACGGCCGUGCAGACCGUCACGGCGCCCUGCCCGCAGCAGAUGGGUUACCCACAGCCCGCGCCGCAGCGCUACCAGCAGAAUGCGCCGCAGCGAUACUACCAGAAGGCCAUGCCGCUCAUCAGACUGAAGGGACUGCAGCUCCACCAGGGACGCGGCGGCCACUUCCAGAAGGGUUCCUUCAGGCCCUGGAGGGGCUAG